AUGCAUGCUAGGUACUAUAUGCUUACUUCUAUGACCAAUGAGUUACAAAAGCAGCAUGAAAAGAUGCAUAGUGCAUCUGAGAUCCUUGAUCACCUACAAGAGUUGUAUGGUGAACAUAGUCGAAAUGAAACAUAUGAGAUAUCUAAACAAUUCAUUCGGAUGAGAACGACUGAGGAACAGGAAGUGGGAGCCCAUGUUCAUAAGAUGAUAAGAUUGAUAAAGCAGUUGGAAGCUCUUGAUUUCACUAUAGACUUUCAGCUUCAGACGGAUUUGAUCCUACAGUCUCUCCCUGAGUCAUUUGGAUCCUUUAUUACAAAUUUCCAUAUGACUAAAUAA